UAUGUAGAUUAGAUAGUCCAUCCUUUAUUCUGGGGAUGUAAAAAUAGUUAAAAAAAAAUAAAAAUAAAAAAAACGUACUCGUCUGUGGAUAUGUUAAAAAUCUCCCCCCAAAAACCUUAACAUUUUCAGAUCUGUAAUCAUUUAUUAGAAUAAAAGUAAUACAUUGACUGAACGGAACAGUCGAUCUCAUGCACCUACGGAUGGUGCAUUUAAAAGAUGCUGUGGCCGGCGAUCACCUCCACCCUCUCGCACCACCACACCAUCCUCUUGUCCGAGCUCUGAUGACGUAGCCCCGGGGAAGUACACAGCAGAGCGCGCGAGACCGCGGGAUGGGGCCGAUGGAAAAUGGCGUGUCUGUGUAAACGUCAACAGUGUACCAUCAAAGGACAUGCUUUUCGUCAGGAACUUGAAUCGUGGAGACAUAAGCUUAUUCGAUGUGUAGACCUACCAAGCAUCUCAGAUCCCCUCAUCCCUCCAGUCGCACAGGAGAUUAUGCAACAAAUGAUUCGAAAGCUUGCCACGGAAUAUACCUCAAAAACCAGUUCAGCUCAGGAUAUACCCCUUUCCCAAUCAGUACUUAACAGCACCAAGUACCAAAGUCUGCCAAAAGCACCCUUGCUAGACCCAGCUGCCUCAUCACAGAACCCUGUCCUUUGUAAACUUUUCAUGGCUGACCAGGAUUCUCCACUGGACCUUACUGUUAAGAAGAUUGGUGUUGAGUCCAGUAACCAAGAUGGAGUCCUGGAUCUCUCGACCAAGAAAAAACAAAGCAGAAUCUCUCUCGAUCCCACUCAUGACUUCUCUGUCAUACCUGUAGUGAAAAGGCAACCCGUGAUAACAGAUCAAAAGUACCAAGAAAUUGAUGAAAAGGACGGAUUGCCACUACAAGGUUUGCAAGAUGGCAUUUGGGGGGACCAUACUUGCUCUGCCCCUAUUAAGCCUCUACUCGCCAAAUCACUUCUUAUAAAGGAGGAACUCCUGAGUCAGAAGCAUCGCUUUCUUGGACAACACUCACCUCUAUCUUUGGCCAGCUUAGAGAUGGUAGGUUUUCUCAAUUCCAGUCAAACACACCCUCUCCUGUCUUCUGAUGGCUUCUGGGAGAAACCACAACUAGAUGGUGUACUGGAGUAUAAAUCGGUCAGCAGCCAUAUUAGUGAUCUAAAGAACCUUCCGCUUGUCUUAGAAAAUCAUGGAACCUUCACCAAAGGUACCAGUGCCUGCCAUAGCAAGUCCCAUGAUAUCUUUGCCAUUACAGCAAAGAAAGAUGCAAGAAACUCACCUCCAGUUGACUUGAAGAUUCCACAAGUAAAGGGUAUGGAUCUCUCCUGGAACUCCAAUGGUAACAUUUCUGAUAUAUAUAAUUACAGCUCCAUUUCUAUGGGCAGUGUGCAGAGAGAUAAUUCUCUCAGCAGGAGGCUUAGGGCCAUUUUGCCCAAAGAGAGUAGUAGAGCUGGCUUGGGAAACCUCUUUGAUGGCAGUGGGGUGAGUGAAUAUUUAGGCACUGAUGCUGACCAAUCAACAUCUGGACCUCAGUAUCCAACGUCAGAUCCAGAAGCAGAUCCAACAGUCUCCAAGCAGCCACGCAAAAAAAGGGGCCGGUAUCGCCAGUAUAACAGUGAGAUCCUGGAAGAGGCUAUUGGUGUGGUGAUGAGUGGGAAAAUGAGUGUUUCAAAGGCACAGAACAUUUAUGGUAUUCCUCAUAGUACCCUGGAGUACAAGGUGAAAGAGAGGAUGGGAACACUGAAGAACCCACCAAAAAAGAAGAUUAAAAUGAUUAUGAAGAUAGAUAGAAAAGACUCGGCAAUUACUGCAGCGCCAACUGCCACAUCCAGCACAGUGCAAGAGGAUGUAUUGUAGGUGGUGAGAAAAACAAAAAAAAAUUAGUAAAUACACCAUGUUGGAACAAAAUGAAAUAUUAUUGGCAAAAGAACACGGCUUUAACUAUGCCGGUUUGCUUUGCAGUAUCUGGGGUAGCACAACCAUAAGCAUCCAAUACAAUGGAUAAAGAACAAUAUUACAGUGGUCACUCCAAGCAGUUCUUAGGUUUGUUAUUUAAUCUCACAAAAGUAACCAUUAUUAAAGCCAUGAGGGUGGCAAAACCAGAUUUUUUUUAUUUAUUUAUUUAUUUUUUAAAUAUAUAUAUAUAAAAAAUAAGGAACAUUAUGAAGUUUAAACCUCUACUUGCCCUAUCCCCUGUCUUCAGCUACAUGCAAUUUAAAAAAGCACUUUGGGGGACAGUAAAUAUUGGUUGCAGUUAGCAAGUCAAAAGAAUGACACAAGCCCUUUCAAGAAAGAAUCUUUUUCCCUCGCGUUCCACAAUUCCCUCUCUCAUACUACAGGUUUGUAAUAUACUUUGGUAAUUUAAAUUUUAAGUCUGCAAUGAUUCUUAUUGGGUAUCUGAUGCUUGGCUGUCUGUCUGUCUAUUUAGAUAAUAUUACAUUACAGACAUUUAUAGUCUGUUAAAUUAAGUUAGCCAUGUUCAUUUGGAACAUGUUGCUUUAGGUAAAUAGUAAUUCAGGGAUGAAUAUGAGUAUUUAAAAAGGUUGAUUCAGUUUUUAUUUUUUAUUUUAAAAAAUGUUUGUUUUCUUCUGGACUGUUCUUACAGUCUGGGAUUUACCAGAUACUGGUGAUUCUGGUGAUAAUUUGGUGACCUGAUUACCUCAGUGUUAUUUGCAUUAUGCACUUAACAGUCUGUGUGGCUCACUUCAUGAUACUAAAGAAGUGUCGUCCAUUGGGAGCCUCAUUGUUUGUUUUUUGUACAGUCCCCUCCAAAAAUAUUCGACAAGGCCAGUUCUUUUGUUUUUGCCAUACACUGCAGACAAUUAUGUUUCAGAUCAAACGAUUAAUAUGAGAUGAUGGAUCAGCAUUUCAGCUUUUAUUCCCUGAUAUUUACAUCAAGCUGUGCAAUGUAAGCUGUGCAUACAUUAAACAACUUAGAACAUGGCACCUUUUGUUCGAACCCAGCCAUUUUCAAGUGAUUAAAAAUAUUGGAACAUAUAAUAGACAGGCGUUUCUUGUUGCCCAGGUGUUCCUUGUUGUUGCUUAAAGAAAUAAUAGCUCUGAAUGUCUACUCUUGGUUGAGCCCUAGGUUUCACCUGUGAAGACUGCAUUUGUUGUUAAAAUGGAUAAACCAACAUGAAUGCCAGAGAGCUGUCUAUGAAAGAGAAACAGUCUGUCUGCCAAUUUACAGAGAAAUGCACCCAGUCUAAUAGGGAGGAAUUUCAUCAAGCAAAAAGACAGUGGCCCAAAACAUACUGGCAAUACUACAAAUGACUUCAUCAGGGGGAAAAAGUGGAUGGUUGUAGACUGGCCACGUCAAUCACUUGACCUUACCCCAAUUAAGCAUACAUUUCACCUGCUGAAGAGGAGACUGAAUAGAGAAACCCCCAAAACAAACAACUGAAAAAUAGCUGCAGUACAAGCUUGAAAAAGCAAAAAAGCAUACAACAGUUUGUUGAUCUUAGUGGAUUGCUGGCUUGAUACAGUUAUUGCAAGCAAGGGAUAUGGAAUCAAAUAUUAAGUGGUAGUUACUGUAUUUUAUUUAAGACCAUCUGUUGAGUUCUCUGGUGAUCCAGAGGCUAAGGAUCCCAUGCUCUCACCACCGUGUCUCGGGUUCGAUUCCCGGGCAGGGAACCCCAGCCACUCCGCUCAGUGCCGGUCCCAAGCCCGGAUGAGAAAUGGGAGGGUUGCGUCUGGAAGGGCAUCCAGCAUAAAACCUGUGCCAAAUCAAAAUCUAAGCAGACCCUGCCAUAGUGUGGGAAUAAUGCUAGGAAUAAGAAGUAGGCUUUAAGACCAUCUGUUCCUAUACUUUUGCCACCAGAGGGGCCAGGUUUUAAGUUGUUUAACACAUCUAGAUGUAAAUAUCAGGAACUUAAAGUUGAAAUUCUGAUUCCACUUUCAACCAAGAGUAGACAUUCACAGCUAUUACACCUGGGCAACAAAAAAACACUUGUCAGUUACAUGUUCCAUAUUUCUGAUCACUUGAAAAAUGGGUGAGUUCAAACAAAAGUUACCAUUCUCUAAGUUGUUUAACACAUCAUCAGGAAUGAAAGCUGAGUUUCUGAUUUAUCAUCUCAUAUAAAUCUUUUGAUCUCAAACCCAAAUGUCUUCAGUGUAUAACAAUGUUUUUUUAAUUGCAUUGCCAUUCCAAUACUCAUGGAGGGGUUACUGAUGAGUUGUUACUGAUCAUUUCAUUGAGAUUGGCAUUGCUUCUAAUGGUGUGCGGUGUGGAGUUAUGGUGUGCAUAGUAAGGAGUAAGUUUAAUUUAAGAUUUAAUUAUUAUAAUAAUAAGAAGCAGCCCAUGUCUGUAUGCUAUUUUUCACUAAUUCUCAGGGUAACUG